AUGGAUACAAAACGCGCUGUACUCAUCGCUUUUAUCUGCAUUGUCGUAGCUGGCGUCGGCGGCCAAGCUCCUGGAGCUUCUCCGACAACCACACCGUCGACUCCAACUACACCCACUGCUAUUCCCCCAUCUACUACAGCUACUCCACCUACCUCUGCCUCCACACCACCGCCAGUAGCUACUACACCUCCACCCACGUCAUCUCCACCUCCAGCUGUUACAUCUCCGCCUCCAGCUACUGCUGCUCCCACACCAACAUCACCUGCUUCACCUCCACCAGUUGCUACUCCUCCUCCAGUGAGCUCGCCGCCACCUGCUACUCCUCCUCCAGUGAGUUCCCCGCCACCUGCUACUCCACCUGCUAGUCCUCCACCUGUUCCUCCUCCACCGCCUUCUGCUCCCACACCCGCACCGCUGGCUGCUCCUCCAGCUACGGUGCCUGCUCCAGCUACAUCUCCAGCACUGUCUCCGUCUUUGACGAGUCCUCCGUCUCCUCCGACCGGAUCUCCUUCGCCGAGUAUCCAGGCUCCUUCUCCUGCUCCAUCAGCCACUGAUCAGAGUAGAGCAGGCUCGACAUUGCAGAGGAUUUCUGGGAGCUUUGUUUUCGGAAUUGCUUUGCUCUACUUCCUAUUACAAAUUUGGAUAUUAAAUUUCUAUCGGAUCUUGCUUCUUCCACCUUAUUUACUCUCAAUCAAUCAGAUUCAGUGUGAGGAGAGGGUGAUGGCGGCAUUAAAGGACCUUCUUCCACCAGUAAAAUCAUCAGGGACUACGCAUUAUGACCAUUCUAAUGAUCCUUGGUUCAAACAAAGGUACAGCUCAUCUGAGGCUGAAAUAUCUGAGAUGGUGAAGUCCAAGCCGGUGCCGCCAUACUUGAAACGGGCUGGAUUUAAACCUUCGAAGCCUGAGGACUUUGGUGAUGGAGGAGCAUUUCCAGAAAUCCACUAUGCACAGUACCCACUUGGUAUGGGAAGGAGUAAGUCUCAGAAUGCUGGUUCAAGGACUUUGCCUGUUACAGUGGAUGAGCAGGGGAAUGUGAGAUACGAUGCAAUCGUGAGGCAAAAUGAGAAUGCAAAGAAGAUUGUGCAUUCACAGCAUAGGGAUUUGGUCCCGAAGGUUUUGAAAGAUGAUGAGCAAGAGGAGACAGAUGUUGACGAGAUACAGAAAGUGAUUGAUGAGACGACGCUGGAGACUAAGGCUGCACUUGAGAAGAUUGUGAAUGUGAGGUUGAGUGCUGCGCAACCAAAAAAUGUUCCAACACAGUCUUCGGAUUCUAAGUUUAUUAAGUACAAGCCAUCUCAACAGUCAGCAGCAUUUAAUUCAGGAGCCAAGGAAAGAAUUAUCCGAAUGGUUGAAAUGCCGGUUGACCCCUUGGACCCACCCAAGUUUAAACAUAAGAGGGUCCCAAAGGCAUCUGGUUCUCCCCCAGUGCCGGUUAUGCAUUCUCCACCUCGUCCUGUGACUGUGAAGGAUCAGCAGGACUGGAAGAUUCCACCGUGUAUUUCCAACUGGAAGAACCCUAAGGGGUAUACAAUACCGCUUGACAAACGUCUGGCUGCUGAUGGUCGAGGGCUUCAGGAUGUUCAGAUUAAUGACAAUUUUGCUAAAUUAUCAGAGGCUUUAUAUGUUGCAGAACAGAAGGCAAGAGAGGCUGUUGCAAUGCGGUCAAAGGUUCAGAAGGAGAUGAUGAUGAAAGAAAAGGAGAAGAAAGAGAUGGAGCUGCGGGAGUUGGCCAGGAAGGCGAGAUCUGAGAGAACUGGCGUUGCUCCUGCUGCUGCAGCACAAAUGCCUUCUGAGAGGGGUGCAAUGAACAGCGAUGAUAUGAGUGUUGAUUAUGAGCGUGUGAGAGAUGCCCCCAAGGAGUCAAAGGAGGAAAGAGAGGAGAGGUUGCAGAGGGAGAAAAUUCGUGAGGAGAGGCGUCGUGAGAGGGAGAGGGAGAGGAGGCUGGAGGCAAAAGAUGCCGCAAUGGGGAAGAAGAGCAAAAUUACAAGGGAUAGAGAUCGUGAUAUCAGUGAGAAAGUCGCUCUUGGAAUGGCCUCAGCUGGAGCUGGAAGAGGGGGUGAAGUUAUGUAUGACCAAAGAUUGUUUAACCAGGAGAAAGGGAUGGACUCUGGUUUUGCCACCGAUGAUGCUUACAACAUAUACGACAAGGGCUUAUUUGCUGCUCAAUCUACUAUGAAUACUCUGUACAGACCGAAGAAGGAUGCAGAUGACGAGGUGUAUGGAGGUGCAGACGAACAGCUGGACAAGUUAAUGAAAACCGAUCGUUUUAAGCCUGACAAGGCAUUUACAGGAACAUCUGAAAGAACCAGUCAAAGAGAUAGGCCAGUUGAGUUUGAAAGAGAGGCUGAAGAAGCUGAUCCAUUUGGUUUGGAUCAGUUUUUAACGGAGGUGAAGAAAGGGAAGAAGGCCAUGGAUAAAGUUGGUACUGGAGGAACCUUGAAGGCUGGUGCAGGCUCUAUGCGUGAUGGUUUUGAAACAUCUGGUAGAUCGCGCAUUAAUUUUGAAAAGGGCCGAUAA